AUCCUUGUAGUUGUAAGUCUCAUUUCACGUGCAAAUGGCAGGACAGAAAUUUUUGUGCACCGGAGUGCUAUUUCGAAGUCACAAAGGAAAAGAUUUUGUCCGCCAACAUUGGGCCCAGAGGCAUCGGAUGUUACGGAACCAAAUGAUGGGAACGUGAGAUCUUCUAGGUACCAGAAAUUCGAUAUUGCCCGUGUAAGUAAGGGCCCAGAGGCAUCGGAUGUUACGGAACCAAAUGAUGGGAACGUGAGAUCUUCUAGGUACCAGAGUGUGCUCUUGUAA